CCGUGCGCGUCCGCCUGGAGGACCGAUUCAACAGCAUCCCGGCGGAGCCGCCCGUGGCGCCGCGCGGCCCCGAGGCCCCCGAGCCCGGCGUUGCGCUCAACAAUUUGGUAACUCUUAUUCGACAUCCAUCUGAAUUAAUGAAUGUUCCCCUUCAUCAACAACAGAACAAAUGUACGACAUUAGUGAAAAAUAAAACUGCUGCUGCGGCUACUGCUUUACAAUUCACCUACCCACUGUUCACAAGUGCGUGCUCCACUGGUGGAAAUUCUAACAUUUCACAGACCCAGAGUUCCAGUAAUUCAUGUUCUGUACUUGAAGCUGCCAAGCACCAGGAUAUUGGACUGCCAAGAGCAUUUUCUUUCUGUUACCAGCAAGAGAUCGAAUCCACAAAGCAGACUUUAGGUAGCAGAAACAAAACUUUGCCUGAACAGGUUUGGAUUAAAGUGGGAGAAGCGCUAUGUAAACAAGCGAUAAAUAAGAGGAAUCGGAGUAGAAUACGUCAGUUGGACACAAGUAUAGAACGAAGAGCCCUUGGAGAGAUUCAGAAUGUGGGCGAAGGCUCUACAGCCACACAGGGCGCCUGGCAGUCCUCGGAGUCCUCACAAUCAAACCUGGGGGAGCAGACCCAGAGCGGGCCCCAGGGAGGAAGGUCUCAGCGUAGGGAGAGGCAUAACCGAAUGGAAAGAGAUAGAAGGCGCAGAAUCCGCAUUUGCUGUGAUGAGCUGAAUCUUUUGGUUCCCUUUUGCAACGCAGAGACGGAUAAGGCGACAACGCUUCAGUGGACCACAGCAUUCCUGAAGUACAUUCAGGAAAGACACGGGGAUUCUCUUAAAAAGCAAGGCAUCUGCUCCAGACAUGGGGUACCUUGGAUAAGGCAGAGCCCCUGCCAGCAUGGGAGGAAACAGCCGGCCAUGAACAGUGAACAAGGUGGUGUCCUGUGGAUCCUGCCACGGGGUGGAAACGCAGCCGUGGGGCAGUGUGGCGACCGCAGGCGUCUUUGCCUUGAGUGGUCACUGAAGCCUUCUGGGCGGAGCUCAAAUGCUGAGAAGGAGCCUGCAUCGCAGAACGUGGAGAGCUGCAGUUCCAUGGGUCCUUGGGCAGGGGCACCACACAGCAUGAACAGAAGAGGGCUCUGCCUGCAGUGGUGUCACUGGGGUUGGAGUACAAGGUAGGCAGGCCAAGGUGUGGUGGGCCUGGGUGUCCUGAGAGCUCUUGGAAGGUUUCAGGGCAGGGAGGGACAUGACUGGACUCACAUUUUACAGCAUCACUCACCACUGUGGUGGCAGGGGUGGGGGCUGAAUACUGGUAGUAGGCUGCAGCAGGAGCUCUGGAGAGACACGCCUUGGCUGGGGACAGCAGAGGAACGGCUCCUGUUGUGUUUCUGGUGCCAGCUGUGGAUCCUUGCCCAGCCGGGUGGAUAGGGGAGCAACAGGAUGGGGUUGAGAUGGGCUCAGUGAUCUGGGCUGAACGCGCUGAGCUUUCAGGGUUGUAGAGUUGUUGAGAAGGUGUCAGUAAAUGAGUGUGCAGCUCAGAUGAUUGACUUCGUAUUCAUGUUCAAGUGAGCACACAUGGUACAGGAAUACCUGUAUGCCCAUCACCUGAUCUCAGCAGUAACAGUUACCUGUUUACUUCAUACACAUUUCACAGAUAGUCGCAGACACAAGUCUUCAUCUUGAGAUACGACUACAUCUCUGAAGGACCUCCGCCUGCAUGACCCCAGUGCGUGAUCAGCCCCAAAAGGCUGGUGGCAGCUGUCUCUUUUCCUCUCAUACUCCAUCACUAUUCACAUUUUUCCAAAUUGUUCUAAAAAUGAUCUUCGUGGCAAUUUUUUCCCUCUGAUUCACUAACUAGCUAGGGCUUAUGCAUUGCAUUUGAUUCUGGUUUUCAGUCUUUAAGCUGCCUGGUAUUGGCUCAGUACUUAAUGGUAAUUUUUAAUUAUGUCACCUCAGACUUACGGAGAAAUCACAAGAACUACACAAAGAGCCUCUUGUGUACCCACCCAGAGUUGCCCUGUAUCCCAUUUUCUGUUUUUCUUGGCCUUUGUAUAAGUUCUUGAGUGAUUCGAUAGUGAGUCGCUGAUAUAUGCCUUUUAAACCCAGCUACCUCAGCGGUUACUGUAGAAAUACAUUAUUUUACAUAACCAGAACAGCGAUCACAGGACAUUAGUGUUGUUGUGAUACUUAGUUCAUCAUGGUUAACACUUAGGUUUUGCAGGUUGUCCCAUUACUAUCCUCCAUAGCUUUUCCACAGUAGGGGUGCAGUCCAGCACCAUAGGUGACAUUUAGUUGUGUUGUGACGCUGUUGUAGAUUUGCGGCUGUGAGCAUCAGGUACCCAAAGCUGCUUUGCCACCCUCUGCCUCCCUCUCCUCUCCUUUGUGGCCCUGUCACAGUGAGAACUGGGAGCUCUGCAGCUGUUUCCCUUCUCCCAUGUCCCUGUGGCAACCAUCUGCUUUGCCUCCUCCUGUGACCUUGUGCUCUGUCUGAAGUCAAGCCUCCUGCCUGGUUUCUCCCUUUCACUCUCAGAGAUUACUCCUUUCCUUCUCCCCAUGUUCCCUGCGAAUGGCUGCUGUUUCUCCCAUUCUCUUGUGGGGACUCUGGCUCCCAUGUCUCUGCCAGCAUCCAUCCAUUCUUUGCCCUCCUUAGCUGCCAGCUUAGUGCUAUCCACACUUCUCUCCUCAUCCUCUCCUCCCAGCGGCCUUUGGAGGUGGGUCCUGUGCUGGCCCUAGGGACACCCCUUUGCUUUUUGUAUGUGCUUUCAGCACUGUGCCUUCCCUGAUUUCUAUCCCCACCCUUGACCUGCCUUCCCUCCCCAGCUUCUCAAUGAAGGGGUUCACCCAACUUGAUCCAUGGUCCUAGAACUGAGUGACUAAGGAAGCUGGGGAGUCCUGUGGAUGUGUAAUGCUUAUUGGUCCCUGCAAUUAGCAGGCUGCCCCUCUACUGUGUAGCACCAGCCUUUUCAAGACCAGAGCAUCCCUCUCCCUCCUGGCCUUUCACUCCUGGGGAAGUGACUGUGUUGCUAGCUUGGUUGGUAGGCUUGGAGUGGAAGCCCACCUUGCAGAGACUUGCACUCCUCCUGUUGAACCCAUCUACCCUUCAGUCGCUUUGGAGGCCUCAUCCUGAGCUUCCUGUGUGUCUGUACUGAUGUUGGCACUGCCCUGUGGCCUUUACCUGUUACAUGAAUGGUGGCACAUGUGGAUCAUGUAAUUGUAUAUUGUACGAUCUGGCACCUGUAAAGCCCCUUCUGUGAGAGAGACCCACAUCAGGUAGGUGGUGUCACGCAGCGCAUGGGACGUGGGAUUGUGGAGUGCUCUGACCUGCCCUGUGCGUGUUGGCAACUGCAUUCUCGGAAAGUGUGACAUCUGUGCUGCUGCCGCUGAGAAGCUAUAAGGAGGCAGCACAGCAAAUCCAGGACGCAGCCCCAGCCCUGUGAGGAGCACCCAGGGAGCACCAUUUCUAUGCCCAAGGCAGGGAUGGAGUGGCCAGCAGCUUGUGCUUCAGCUUGAGACUUGCCUGGGCCGCUGUGGAAACUACUCACAAGCUUGUUUCACCUUUUUAUUCACUUGAACACAUCAUACAGGCGUUCACCCUCAGCUGCUGAUCAACGUCUGCAGCUUGUACAUGGCAAAAUGGGCCAACAGCUGUGUUUGUGACCUGUUCUACAAAUAAAGUAUCUUGGGAAAAGUG